CGCAGUGCGCUCGUGCACAGCCCCAGAAGUUCGAGCGCUCGGGUGAAGCAAAAUGGCGGAACUCGAGGAUGUUACGUUAGACGGCAAGCCGCUUCAUUCGCUUCGUGUGGCGGAUUUAAAAGCUGCCCUGGAGCAAAGAGGGCUCGCCAAAAGUGGACAGAAAAAUGCACUUAUUAAAAGGCUGAAAGGGGCACUUAUGUUGGAGAAUCUCCAGCGAACAUCAACCCAUCACAUUGGUCUUCAGCCCAACUCGCAGAUUGGAGAGGAGAUGAGUCAGAACAGCUUUAUAAAGCAGUACCUGGCAAAACAGCAGGAGCUCCUCCGACAGAGACUGGAGAGAGAAGCCCGAGAGGCCACCGAGGCAGAUGAGAGACAGAGUCCUGCUGACCCUGAGGAGGAUGACCUCAUGUCAACCAAGGGUAGCACUUCCUUUCUGCCAGAGAAGCAUCGCAUUGUACACUCUCAUCUGUCUGUAACCCAGGCGGGUGGAGGAGGGUUGCCGCAGGACCCCGGGUUAAUGGGAUCACACAGGUUGGAUACAGGCCCUGUUCCUGUGUCUCAAGAAUCACCUGACACUAAAGCUGGGAGGAUCUGGCAUCCUUCGUUCCUCCCCGGCCACGAGGAGGUAGCAACACCCUCUCCUCCACGAGCAGUUGCCUCCUUGUCUGUGCGCGUGGUUGGACAACCAGAGCGUCAAGGCCUGCCAAUCAUGAUGCCCCGUUCCCAAGAGAGAGAGGGAACUGCGCCAGUUGAAGCAGGUCUUGCCCAUUCAGUGUUGCAGCUGAGCCGUUCUGCAGGGGCUGCAGCUUGUUCUCAAGUUGAUAGCGAUGAGGAUGAGGAUGAUGAUGAUGAUGACAGUGAAGAUGAUGAUGAAUGGGGCCCUUCCUCACAUGGGAAAAAGGACGUCCGUGCUCCUCCGGUACAUGCUCCACCAGCUGCAGCCCCCCAGCGAUCCCGUCGAAAGCUUCAGCCCCCACAACAUAUCCCUCCCCAGCCUCAACCAGUCCACCAGCCGCCUCUGCAACUCCGUCAGCCUACUCCUCCCCCAUCACCACCUCCAGAGCUCUCUUUCCCACUACCUGACACUCCCAAACAGAGCCCGCAUGACCAAGAUGAGCCAGCCGGCAUAGCAGAAGAUGCUGCUCCAGGGGCAGGCAUGGUCUCUUCUCCAUCCCUCAAAAGACAGGAGUCCAGCUCCAGUUCUAGAUCCAGCAGCCCAGAACCACCAUCCACACGGAGACCAGGUCCCCUUAGCCUGCUGGUCCGAAAAAUGGAGUCUGAGGGCGUGUUUGGUGCACAGAAGGAAGGGAUGGAGGGAGAAGGAGAGAUGGAAGUUGAAGAGCAGGAGGAUGGUGAACCAGAAGCGCAAGGCUCAGCUCAGCAGCUUUUCGGGUCAGAGGUGUCCAUGUCAGUACCCGCAGUGGUCCCUGCUCAACAAGAUGCUCAAGACUCCGAGUUGGAGAAAGAGAGAGAGGAAGAAAAAAGAAGUGAGGAGAAAGAAAAUGAGAAAGCAGAUGAGACCUCUGCACCAUUCCAUUUGGCAUCAGCCACAACUUUCCCACCUAGGAGAAAACAAAUCUUCUCAGAGGUCCCACCACCUGAGUCACUUAAGUUACCCUCCAAACCUGAGCAGAUGUCAGUCCUCACCACAGGGCCGAAGUGCUCUGAAGACAUUGCUAUGGAGACAGAGCCCUCUAAAGCAAUGGCUGAAUCAAAACACGAGGAGGACAAAGAAGUGGAGGUUCUAGAGAAAGAGGCACCUGAACAGUCACCUAAACCAGCAAAAGAAAGUAAAAAAGCCCUAAAAUCACCACACGCUACUGGAGGAGGUGAAAUAGAAAAAACAAGAAAAAGUUCACUGAGAGAAAAAUCUCCUGGACGACGCUCAUCAACGUCAAGUCAGACAUCAUCAUCUGACACAGAUUCAGAAUCCUCUCGUUCUUCAAGCUCUCCUUCCCAGGAAAAAUCCAGCCUACCCAGCCAAAAGAAGGAUGAGAAAAAGAACAGAAGAGCAGAUGUUGAAGAAGAAAAUAAGGCUCAGUCUUCCAGGGAGGUAAAGCAGGAAGCUCUCUCUGAGCCUGCAGGCCAAGUUGCUAUGGAGCUGGAGGGCCGCUCGCAUUCAGAGAGUGCUAUGCAUCAGUCUGACCACCAGGGGGCAGAAUCAAGUGACUCCCAUCCCGAGGAGAGCUCCGCUGCAAAAUCGUUUGCUGCCCGAAAGAUCUCCCUGAGCAGUAAAACAGAGAUUGCAUCAUCUGAGUCAGAGCCUGUGGGCGGAGCAAGCAGGAAGAGAAGGUGGGGGUCUAGUACAGCAGUCACUGCCAAGAAGCCUUCAAUCAGCAUCACCACUGAAUCAUUGAAGACACUGAUUCCAGACAUCAAGCCCCUACAGGAGGCGGUGGUCGAACUGCACCCAGAUGAGGGGCGUCUCUCUGUGGAUGAGGACUCAUCCGGGCCUCGCGAGCGAGAGGAACCAGAGGAGGAUCAGGGACUCAAGAUCAGGCGCACAGUGACACAGAUUGUUCCAUCUGAUGGACAUGAGAAUGGGCAGAAAGAAAUGGAGGAGGAGGAUGAUGAUAAUGAAGAAGAGACGAAAUGGACAGGAGGAGAGAAGGAAAUACAUAGGAAACAGGAGAGCUCCCCUCAUGCUAGCAUAGAAACACAGGAAGGUGAUUCCAAGAAAGUCACUCCCAAUGAUUCUUUGGUGCGGCGGUCCAUCAGUCAACAGAAAUCAGGUGUGUCCAUAACUAUUGACGACCCAAUAAGGACGGGUCGCCAGCUGUCUCCUCCUCAUGGAAAAACCUCCAAAAUCAUACACGUAUGCAACCUGGUGCGACCUUUCACCUUAGGGCAGCUGAAGGAGUUGUUAAAUCGGACUGGUAUGUUGGUGGAGGAGGGUUUCUGGAUUGACAAGAUCAAAUCUCACUGCUAUGUCACAUACUGCUCUAUAGAGGAAGCAGCAGCCACUCGAGAAGCACUGCAUGGUGUGAAAUGGCCUACGAGUAAUCCCAAAGUACUACGGGUGGAUUUUUGCGAGCAGGAUGAGUUGGACUUCCAUAAAGGUCUUGUGUCCAGUGACCGUGCAGGUGUAGGUCAUGACCCUCAAGCCUCAGGAACCUCAGGCCGCCCUGCCGCACAUCCUCCACUCCCACCUGCAAAUCACGAAAAAGAGAAGGAACGAGAAAGGGAGCGAGACGGAGGGGCUUCAGCUGUGAAAGACCAGUGGGCCGAGAGAGAAAGAGCCAUGGAGAGAAGAGAGAGGACUCGUUCUGAGCGGGAGUGGGACCGGGAUAAAGUGAAGGAUUUCGGGAGGGAUGACCGAAAUGACAGAACAAGACGGUCACGAUCGCGGGAACGAAGACGCAGAGAGAGAGGCAAGAGCAAAGAGAAGAGAGUGGAAAAGAAAGACAAACCAGAAGAGCCUCCUGUAAAACUUCUUGAUGACCUGUUCCACAAAACUAAAGCAGCUCCCUGUAUAUACUGGUUACCCCUCACAGACGAACAGGCAACACAGCGAGCUCUGGAGCGUGCCGAGCGCAAAAAGGAGCGAGAGAAGAGGAGGAAGGAACUCCAGGAUGAAGAGGACAAAAAACGGGAAGAAUGGAAGGAGAGAGCAAAAGGCCGUGACAGAGAGGGAGGGAACACAGGAGGAGCAGGGGCAGGUGUUGUAAAACGUUCAACUGAGGGAGAGCGAGACAGAGGCAAGGAAAGAGAGAGAGAAAGGGGCAGAGAGGCAGAAAAGAGGAGAGACAGCCACAGAGGCCGUGGUAGCGACUCCAAAACUGCAGGGGGAAGCAGACACUCACAGAGCCGUAGCAGCACCUCCAGAGACAGACGCCACUGAGAGUAUGAGUGUUUGAGGGAGUGUGAGAGGGAUUUUUUAAGAUCAGUCUCGUCAGCAUGAUGACAGCUCUAAGGACGAUAAAUGUUGGUCUUUUUCACUCAUUAAAGGAAUAGUCCACACAAAAACGAAAGUUUUGUCAUUUACUCGCCAUCAUGUUCUUCCAAACCUGUAUGACUUUCCUCUGCAGAACACAAACGAAGAUAUUUUGAAAAUUGUUUCAGCUGUUUUUGUCUAUUCGAUGAAGCCAAAAAUAACAUUGGACCGAUCCCAUUGACUUUAAUUGUAUGGACAACAUUUUUUUUCAAAAAUUCUUGUUCUGUUCCGCAUAUAGGUUUGGAACAUGACAAUCAGUAAAUGACAGAAUUUUUACUUUUAAGUGAACUGUCCCUUUAACACUUCAGUCACUCAACACUGUUUUAGGUGAUUUUUUUUAUUUUUUUUUGGUCUUCCCAAAAAUCUCAAAUGAAUCAGGACUAAUACUAAUGAAGGGUCUAAUGAAUGUUGUUUAUUUAAAAAAAAAAAAAAAAAAAAAAAACUAAUUAGGUUUGUGUACCAGUGUGCUGUCUAAAGCUCACAAACACCAAAGUCAAGAGACUAUACGAAUCAUAUUUUCCUUCGCUCCACCCCAGAGUCCUCGCUUGUAUUUUUAUUUAUAGUUUAACUAGUGCCACUUUAGUCUAGAAGGUAGUUAAAUCAGUGUAUAAUUAUGGGACUUGAAAUUCUGUAUCCAGAUUCAAUUAAUAUAUUUCCAAAUGGAUGGAAUAAAAUGUCCCCCAUCCAUGUUUCGGCCACUAUUGUGAGUUAACAGAACCAGUCAUGCUGUCGACGCUGAUCUCACUGAAGUUUUUUCAUAAGGUCCGAGUUUAUUAAAGUAACUACUGAUGUCCAAUGCAAUGAACCACACUGUAGAUUCAUUUGUUAGAUUCUCACCUCCACCGUCGUCCGUUAUCUUCUUUCCCUGGUCUUAUGAAGUCAUGUACUGUUCAUCUCUGUGAAUCAGACAAGGUAUAAAUUUAACCUUUGUAGAGAAGAUAGCAAGAGGCCUUUUAAUAUUAUUUUAAUGUUUUAGUUUUGAAGAUAAAUUGCUAAAGAUUCUCUUUUUGGAUUAUUUUCUUUAUGAAUGUGCAGAAUGUACAAAGAAUAAUAAUAAAAAAAUGGAAGGAAA